CCCCCCCCGCCGAUCCGCGACGCAGCCAGACAAACGCUCGCGGUGACAGGCCGACUGCCAGAUGCCCUCGACGAUGGCAAACGUCAAUCCGCAUCCCAGUUAUCGCGGUAUCGAAGUAUGGGAAGCGAUGUGCGUACCUCCCUCUCUCUCUCUCUUCCUCCUUCUUCCGUCUGCUUCUUCUCCGCCCGUCUCACCCCAACAUCGCAUUUCGUGGCAUUCUGUAGCAUCCGCGAUAUUUCACCUAGGUAUGGCAUGACGUGGUAGGCAUGCUAUGGUGGUGAUUAAAGGCAUAUCUGCUAUCUGUGCCACUCAGGGCAUUUGUCUUCUCGCAUCAUCGUGGAUCUGUCCCACUCUGCACGACCGUCUUUCCUGCGCCAGGGUAGGUCCGGGCAUCACGGUACGAGCUGCGAUAAGAGCUACGAGACCUACUAAUGCCGUCUGUUCCUAUUCCUGCCUUGUUCCUGGUCAGUGCUCCACCCCGAGCAGAUGUCGAGUCUCCUAUCCAUCGCGGUCUGGAUCGACCCAACCUGCCAGGGGUCGCGGUCGCGGUUGGCCCUUUUUUUGUCCCUUGGGUCAGGCUUUUUUUUUUCUUCUUCUCUCUGUUUUUUUUUUUUACUGUCCCUCCCCAACCAAGCCUCCUAUCCUCCCGCUCCUCGCGAUGUAUUGCUGCUGGUUCUGCCGCUGCUUCAAGGCUGUAGUGGGGCCAGUCGUGACCAAAUGCCAGUAAGAGGAAACGAGAGCGGACAGAGCAUGUAUGGAUGGGAUAGAAGAAGAAGACGGGUGUGUGACCCUAUCUCGCUAGCCGCUAAACGAGCGGGAUGACACCUCGCGGAGGCGAGACAUUGUUGGUAGUCGCUA